AUGUCUGAAGAACUUAUGAAUAACGAAGAAAUUCGUCUAGAUAAUUUUUUUAAUGUGUUUGAUCACUUCGUGGAAACACUUCAACGUGGUAAAAUUUCUUUAGGUACAGAAUAUAUCGUACCAUUAGAUACUGAUUUUGAAAAAUGGAUAUACGAUUUUGGUUAUAAUACUCAUACAAGUUAUGUACAAGUAAGAACUGAAUAUAAUACUGGAAAUAUUGAAUUUCGAUAUACUUACAAAUGUCAUCGUUCAGGAAAAUAUAACAGUCAAGCAGGUCAAAAUUCUACAAAAAAAGCAAGAAUUAAUCAAAAAGAUUCAAAAAAAAUUGGUUGUGAAUCUACUAUUAUAAUUACUAAAACUAAAGGCAAUUGUUCUCAAAUGAUUAUUAAAUACACUUCUCAUUCAAAUCAUAUUCUGGGUAGUGAUAAUAAUAUUGGAACUCUUAGACUUUCAAAACAAAUUCGUGAUUAUAUAGCACAACGAAUGCGUGAUGGUUUGGAUGUUAAAACAAUUAGCCAAAUUUUUAGAAUGAGAGCACAUGAUUUGGAUAAAAUUUGGAAUCAACAAGGUGAUAAUAAUGAGGAUAAAGGACAAUUGCUAGGUUUUAUAGUUCCAAUUGCAAAAGAAAUAAUUCAUCAGGUUAAUACAAUUUUACUUGAUGCAACACAUGGUACAAAUAAAAACAAUGAUCAACUUUAUACUCUUUUAACACCUGAUUUUAAAACUGGGAAAGGAUUACCUCUUGCGCAUCUUAUUUCUUCUCGUAAAAAUACUGCAUCUGUGCAAUUUUGGUUAUAUAAUUUACAUAUUCAAUUAUCUUGGGAGGGCCCUAUAUCUUUUUUAGUUAAUUGUGACCUUGCACAAAUCAAAGCCCUUCGGAAUAUUUUUCCUAGAAGCAGAAUUUUAUUAUGUUGGUGGCAUGUUCUUAAAGCUUGGCGAGAAAAUUUAAAAAAAGUUUAUAUUAAGAAAGCAAAUACAACUCUAAAUGGUAAAUUAAAUUCUGAAAUAAAAAAAAAAUUGAAAGAUGAGUUAUGGGAUGAUUUAAGAGAACUAAUGUAUAUUAAUAAUCAUGAAAAUGUUGAUGAAUGUAUUAAUAAUUUUUUAAAUAAAUGGUCAGAUUUGAAAUUAUUUAUUUUAUAUUUUAAAAAACAAUGGCUAAAUAAGCUAAAUAAUAAUUAUCAAGCUAGUGGAAUUAAUAAAACUAUGUGGAUUAAAGUAUAUCGAUUAGAUAUUCCUAAUAACAAUAUUAAUACUACAAAUAUGUUAGAAUCCUGGUAUCGAAAGCUUAAAUAUGAUAUUUUUAAUGGAAAACCUAAUCGAUGUCGAGAUAUUCUUAUUUAUGAACUAUAUAUUAAUGGAAAUAGUGAUGCUAAACAGCAAUGGAGAUUGGCAGAAAUUCGUGCAGGAAGAAUGAUGCCAGCAGAAUGA